AUGGGCCACUUCGAAUCAAGCCCUCAACCGCCAGCAUUCAGCGGAGACUUUGGAUUCGACGAUGAGGAGUGGCUUCAAGCUGAUGACGCGAACCCGGCCUCCUCCUACUUGCCGCCACUGCAAGGGGACAUGUUCACGAGCGCCCCCUAUGAGGGUUUCUCGGCUCCUCAAGGACUACACUUGACGGUACCGGAUGAGAGCCUCUUCAACGAUCGCGGCGCUUCUUCAAACCCCCCAAGCAGCGUCGGCGAUGGCUCACACUUUAGCCAUUCGGGGGCGGGGAGCCCCGGGCAAGAGGAGAUGUUCGCAAGCAGGGCGGCCGACGAGGGCCCAUCCGAGAUAGUGGUUGGUAGUGCCAGCUCCCCGGCUCAGAAAAGCACAAGGAGAGGCUCGGAGACCAAGCUCACCAAUUUGGCUAGUCGUAAACGAGUUCAAAAUCGAGAAGCACAGACCAAGUAUAGAGAGAAGAAAGCAAAGCAAUUCCAAGAACUGACGGCGGAGAAUGAAUCACUCAAAUCCGAGCUCGAACGACUUCGAUCCCAACUCACUCGACGUACCUGGGAGCGGGAUAUGGCCUGGUCCAGAAAUCGAUCUCUGGUACAGACUCUGUCUAACAUGGGCUGUGUACAGCAAAUCGCUGGCGGUGAUGGUUUCGUCAGUCAGCCAACAGAUGGCAUGGAAUACAACGAGGAUGAAUAUGCCGAGGGAGGGGAGAUCUUUGUACAGACAAGUUGA